AUGGCGAACAAUCAGUUUAUCAUCAUGAUCUCCAUCCUACUCCCACUGACCUUUCUAGCUGCAGCUACCACCGCCCAUGAUGUACCAGUGAAACAAGACAAAACCGCCACCGUUGUUGUAGAAGGAAAGGUGUAUUGCCAGAGUUGUAAAUACUUUGGUUCAUGGUCUCUUACAGAUGCUGAACCAAUCCCAGCUGCCAAAAUUAGUGUUAUCUGCAAAAACCACAAAAAGCGAGUGAGCUACUACAAUGCUUUUGAGACCGAUAAAGAUGGCUACUUUUAUGCAGAGCUCAAAGAUUUCAAGAUGACUCAUUAUUUAUUGGACCAUCCACUUCAUUCCUGCCAUGUGAAAUUGGUGUCAUCUCCUCUUGAAUCAUGCAACCUUUUGUCAAAUGUCAACAAUGGUAUCAAUGGGUCUCCUCUAAGAUUUGAAAACAAGGUGUUGUAUGGAAAAAAUUAUGAAGCAAUAAUUUAUGGAUCGGGUCCAUUAGCUUUUCGUCCUACUAACUGUGGACCAGAACCCACUGACUAAGCUUGAUAAGUUGAUAUCGUUUUAACGUGCUUGAUAUGGUAUUUUUGUUUGAGUUGAUCUUGUUAUGACAUUCAAUGAAUUAAAUGUGGGUUCAUUACCUAGUA